AUGUAUGUGAAGGGAGACGAGACCCAUACCUGCAAUUAUGCGUCCCGUGGAGGGACUCCCACGAAAGUCGAAGACCAAGAACAAGUGUUAGCUGAUGGCGUUGCCCUUAGGCAACGCGAACUGGCUAAUGCCGCAGCACACGGGGGAGCAGACAGCGAAUACCCGACAUUAGGACCAGGUCAAAUCACCGAUCCAUUACACUACGGCGACAUAGAUACGUCCCGAAUGUGUGGGCCUGGCGCAUACGGAGCAGCCGGUGUGCCUCGCAUUAAACGUGAGUCUUCCGAAGAGUUGGAAGAAGGAGAAAUUCCCAGGUACCAUGAUGAGGACAGCCUGUUCGUUUCCCAACAUGACGCCCUUCCCAAUACGGACACAGGCCGUGGACAGCGCGCAGCUCUAGGCCCUGAUGCGCCUACAGCAGCUCCUCAUCCGACCAACCCAGAGACGCCAAUCACCAAUGAGGUCCCUAAAGGAUGUGAAUGCGCAAUAAAUCACGACUGUCCACACAGACAUAAUACGCUCUCAGAUUGUCGCCCCUUGGUACAAGAGAAUCCCGAAUGGGGGAAGAGGAAGAAGGAGUUUCACGAAAACUACCACUCAGAACCAUCCCUCAACGGCAACCGUCAGGAAGAGACCUUUGCGGGGCUACAAGAAGCGAACACUUUCCGUAAGCGGCUCGCCACCGUCGUACACCGAACCCACCAGUCAAAGCUGUUACACGACGACUUCAAAAACAUUGCGGCGUCGAUUCGGAUGUUCCAUUACAACUCAGUCACCAAGGAGACAUUAGCAGAGUCUCGCCUUCUGGACCGCCUUAAGAGCUUUCUCAGCACGAGCAACAGACCAAGGCUAACAAGCUUACAGCUUCCAACCGAGGUCAUCGAAGAUCUAACCAUUCUCCUCACGAAAUGGCAGGCCGAGGACUUUAGUGUACGCGCCCGCCGAGGCUGUCGCUUCAACCCGGAAACCAACCAAUGGUCCAUUGAGCCGGACUGUCCCUUCCGCCGCAAGUCGGACUACUACGGCCACGGGCACCUUGUCAACGGGCAAGUCUGGCUCUACCGGAUCGACAUGGUACGCGACGGCGCACACGGCGCCACGAGGGCCGGCAUUGCAGGGAGCAUAGACAACGGCGCAACCAGCAUCGUCGUCAGUUCCAAGGAAUCCAAGGGCAACGAAUACGCCGACGUCGAUCGGAGAGACUACAUCGAAUAUAUGAGCACUGCGCUAAAACGCGAAGAAGGCGACAAGAGAGCCACGAAUGUCAAAGACCUAGACGACCAUCGUGCCGACCGCGUCACGAGGAACAAGAAAGGCCAAGAUCCCACGGACGAUACCAAGAAACUCAUCACGUCCUACAGGACGGGCAAGCCCGUGCGUGUCUUUCGCGGGUUUCGACUGCGGAAGAUCGUGCCCCUUCGACCGAAAGUCGGGUUCCGGUACGAUGGACUUUACAUUGUGACCAACUACGAGCUGCUCAACGAGGACAGGCAGAUCUACAAGUUCUACCUGGAGAGGAUGAGGGACGGGCAAGGGCCGAUCAGGAACGUGUCCGCGCCGAUUCAGGACGAUGACAGGGGAAGGCCGAGGAAACGGACACGAGACUGCGUCGAGUAA